GGAACUCCAAGACAAAGAAGCCAUCCGGAUCGUGGGUCUCCAGAAAAGCUUUCGGCACUGCCGAAGACCGGAGAUCAAGGCCAUUGAUGGUAUCGACCUGAGCAUCUAUGAGGGACAGAUCACGGCUGUGCUGGGUCACAACGGCGCGGGGAAGUCCACGCUGUUCAAUAUCCUGACUGGACUGACGGCACCCACUAAUGGGACGGCCUAUGUCUAUGGACUGGAUGUUAGGGAUCCAAACGACAUGCACGAGAUCCGGCAGAUGAUAGGCGUGUGCCCGCAGCAGGACGUUCUCUUCGACCUGCUGUCAGUCAAGGAACACCUACAGUUCUUCUCAGCAGUCAAAGGAAUCCCAACAAAAAGGCGUCCAGAUGAAAUCCACAAGGCACUAUCUGACGUCGGCCUGCUGGACCAAGCAGGAGUGUUCGCCAAGCAUCUCUCCGGCGGCCAGAAGAGGAAGCUUAGUAUAGCCAUCGCUUUCAUUGGAGAUCCAAAGAUAAUAAUCCUGGACGAACCAACGGCAGGAGUAGACCCAGUAUCCAGAAGACAGACGUGGCGCAUCCUGCAGCGAGCCAAGAGAGGGAAAGUGCUGCUUCUGACCACGCACUUUAUGGAUGAGGCCGAUAUACUGGGCGAUCGGAAGGCAGUCAUCAGUAAGGGCAGGGUGCGGUGUGCGGGCACAUCGCUAUUUUUGAAAAAUAAGUUUGGCAUUGGAUACCAUUUAACGCUAGUAUUAGACG